UCUUUGAGCGAUUGAGUUUAAAACUAACGAAACAGACAAAAUCUAUCUCGAAUCUCUGAUCCAGUUAAAAUCACAUCAUGGAGGCGUUGUACAGUGUUCCGUUCAUGCUGUUUGAGGUGCCAAACUUGAAAUUGAAGCGACCUUCCUGGUUCCAGCAGCCAUCGGCAAUGACGGUGUUCUCGUUUGUGCUGUUGUCUUACUUCUUGGUGACCGGAGGAAUCAUCUACGAUGUGAUCGUUGAACCCCCGAGUGUUGGAUCUACAACCGACGAGCAUGGCCAUUCCCGUCCAGUCGCCUUCAUGCCAUACCGAGUAAAUGGCCAAUACAUCAUGGAAGGACUAGCCAGUAGUUUCCUAUUCACGAUCGGAGGCCUUGGGUUCAUAAUCAUGGAUCAAACACACACUCCGGGAAAACCGAAAUUGAACAAGAUUCUCCUGAUAUCGAUGGGUUUCAUCUUCAUCCUGGUGUCCUUUUUCACCACCUGGAUUUUCAUGCGAAUGAAGCUUCCGGGAUAUCUGCAGCCUUAAAUUAAGCUUAAUAGUCAUGUUUCAUACUAUAUAUAGUAGCAUUUAUUGUGCGUAAUACACGAGUACGAAUGACAUAAAUAAAAGUCUAAAUCACAAAAUCUAA